AGGGAAAAAAAAAAGAAAACGCUCACAGGUCUUCAUUUUCCCACUAAAUUCUGCAACUCUUUUCCGGGGAAAAAAAAGAAGCAAAGCCCUAGAAAGCUUCCAAAUCUCCUCCAAUGGCGCCCGUUGACCCUCACUCGUUCGCCGACUCCACUCACCAGUUCGCCAAUCACAUCUCCCUCUCUCUCUACCUCGACUUCGCUUCUUCUACCAUCCAUGGCUCCGCUCUUCUCUCCCUCCCAAACCCUCACUCCGGCCCUCUAUCUCUAGACGCCCGCUCUCUCUCCAUCCACUCCGUUCUCGAUCCCCAAUCCUCCUCGCCACUCUCGUUCUCUCUUUCUCCUCCCGACCAAAUUAAAGGCUGCCACCUCACCGUUUCUCUCUCCGGCCACGCCUCGUUCCUCGUCGUCUUCUCCACCUCGCCUUCUUCCUCAGCUCUCCAAUGGCUGUCGCCGCCUCAGACGUUCAAUAAGACCUAUCCUUUCGUCUACACGCAAUGCCAGGCCAUCCACGCGCGCUCGGUUUUCCCCUGCCAGGAUACUCCGGCUGCGCGCGUCUGCUACAGCGCGCGGUUGAACGUUCCGAGGCAGCUUUCGGCGGUGAUGUCGGCGCGCCAUGUCGAUCGGCGAGGCCCGGUCGCUGGCGAGGGGUUGUUGCUGGUCUGCGGUGAUCAGAUGUGGUGCGCCGAGGGAAGAGUCGUCGAGGAGUUCGUGAUGGAGCAGCCGAUUCCGCCGUACUUGUUCGCUUUCGCGGUUGGAGAGUUAGGGUUUAGGGAGGUGGGGCCGAGGACAAGGAUCUAUGCGGAGGUUGUGCCUGCGGUGUUGGAUUCGGCAGCAAGGGAGUUUGCGGGCACCGAAGAAAUGAUAAGGCAAGGGGAGAAGCUUUUUGGGCCAUACGAGUGGGAACGUUUUGAUUUGCUGGUGUUGCCUUUGAGCUUUCCUUAUGGAGGGAUGGAGAAUCCAAGGAUGGUGUUCUUGACUCCAACUGUUAUUAAGGGCGAUGCGAGUGGCGCGCAGGUGGUGGCGCACGAGCUUGCUCAUAGCUGGACUGGAAACUUGAUCACUAACACGACCAAUGAACAUUUUUGGUUGAAUGAGGGUUUUACAACAUAUGCGGAGAGGAGAAUCAUUGAAGCGGUGCAAGGGGAAGAGAAAGUUGUGUUGAACAUUGGAAUCGGAUGGAGGGGAUUGAAUGAGACUGUGGAAAGGUUCAAGGACAGGUUGGAGUUUACUAAGCUCAAGACAAAUCAGGAAGGAGUUGACCCAGAUGAUGUGUAUUCUGAAGUUCCAUAUGAAAAAGGCUUUCAAUUUUUAUGGCGCAUUGAACGUCAGGUGGGAAGGCCUGCAUUUGAUGAGUUCCUCAAGAAAUAUAUUGCCACCUUCAAGUUCAAGUCAAUUGAUACUGAUACCUUUCUUGAUUUUCUGAAAGCUAACAUUCCUGGAAUAGAGAAUGAGGUUGACUUAGUUCUGUGGACUGAGGGUACUGGUAUUCCUCCAGAUGCCUACGAACCAGUAUCCAGUUUAUAUACAAAGAUUCUGUCUCUUGCAAAUGAGUUUAGCCUUGGUAGGGUGCCGAGGGAUGAUGAAGUUGCCGAUUGGCGAGGACAGGAGUGGGAGCUCUACUUGGAGCACUUGCCUAAAUCUCUUGAAGCUUCACAGCUCUUGGCGUUGGAUUCACGCUACACGCUCUCAGAAUCGAAAGAUUACGAGGUGAAGGUGGCGUUUUUGCAGCUAGCAAUUUGCGCCAAGUGCAGAGACUACUAUGUUGAGGUAGAAAAAACACUGAAGGAAGUAGGGAGGAUGAAAUACCUUCGUCCACUCUACACUGCUCUUGUCCAGGGCAAUGGGAAGGAAGAAGAGAAGAUUUUGGCCAAAAGGGUGUUUUCAGAGGCUCGCGACACUUAUCAUCCUAAUAUAUAUAUAUAUAUAGAAGAGGAAAAGCUGAAACAAGAUAAGGCAAAGAGUGCUCAUCUGGCCUCAACCUCUAAGGACAAGGACAAGGGAAACAAAAGGAAGAAGGAUAAGGAAGCUACAGAUAUGACACAUGUGGUGGAUAGAUUCUGGUGCAACAACUCACAUCAGUGUGCCUAUGCACUGGCAAAGUUUAACCAAUUUAAGGUGAGCUAUAACUGUCAGAAAGAGACUUGGUCUCUGAAUGAGCUCAUAUCACACUGUGUUCAGGAAGAGGAAAAGCUGAAACAAGAUAAGGCAAAGAGUGCUCAUCUGGCCUCAACCUCUAAGGACAAGGACAAGGGAAACAAAAGGAAGAAGGAUAAGGAAGCUACAGAUAUGGCACCUCAGAAGAAACAAUAA